AUGGGCUCUGCUCUGCGGCGUCGCUGGCUAGUGGUCCAACUCCUGAUGCAGGUGUGGCUGGCGGCGAACCCAUCUCUGAGUGAGCGCCCGUGCCCCAAGAGCUGCCGCUGCGAUGGUAAAAUUGUCUACUGCGAAUCCAGCGCCUUUCGCGAUGUGCCCAAGAACCUAUCUGGAGGCUGCGAGGGCCUUUCUCUCCGCUACAACAGCCUGGCCAGUCUGCGCGCCGGGCAGUUUGUUGGACUUAACCACCUCAUAUGGCUCUACUUGGAUCAUAACUACAUCGCGACGGUGGACGCGGCGGCUUUCCAAGGAGUCCGGAGACUUAAGGAACUGAUACUAAGUUCAAACAAGAUCACCUCUCUCCACAACACCACAUUCCACCCUGUUCCUAAUUUGCGCAACCUGGAUCUGUCGUACAACAAACUGCAAGCCCUGCAACCUGGACAGUUCCAGGGGCUGCGGAAACUUCUGAGCCUUCACAUACGCUCAAAUUCUCUGAAAACCGUCCCGAUGCGCCUCUUCCAGGACUGCAGGAAUCUGGAGUUCUUGGAUCUUGGCUACAACCGCCUCCGCAGCAUCACUCGCAAUGCUUUUUCCGGUUUGGUCAAACUCACUGAGCUUCAUUUGGAGCAUAACCAGUUCUCAAAGAUCAACUUCUCCCAUUUCCCCCGUCUGUACAAUCUGAGAGCAUUGUAUUUCCAGUGGAACCGCAUCCGCUCCAUGAGCCAGGGCCUAACCUGGACCUGGGCCUCCAUCCAGAAAAUGGAUCUGUCCGGGAACGACUUAACGGAAUUGGACCCGGUGGUUUAUCAGUGUCUGCCCAAUCUCCAAACGCUAAACCUGGAUUCCAACAAGCUUACCAACGUGUCCCAGGAGGUGGUUGACGCCUGGGUAUCCCUGACCACCAUUAGCUUAGCGGGGAACGUUUGGGACUGUAGCCCAGCCAUCUGUCCUCUGGUCGGCUGGCUUAGGAAUUUUCGCGGAGCCAAGGAGACCACUAUGAUUUGCGCCUCUCCCAAGAAAGCCCAAGGCGAGAAGGUUAUGGAUGCCGUCGAAGCGUUCAGCGUAUGUCAACUGUCACCUUUGACCACCCUCCGGAGCAGCCCGCCCACCCCAUCCAACCUCCCCGCCCAAACCGACAAGCGUCCCGUCAUUGUGGCUAUCCCGACCGGAUCUGGCAAGCGCGGCGGAUCCCUUCAAGGCCCCACAUCACCAUCUGCCACCCCACCUGUCGCUCCGCCACCCGACCAAGAAUUGGAACCCCUCUCCUUCCAUAAAAUCGUUGCUGGGAGUGUCGCACUUUUCCUGUCUGUUGCCAUGAUCUUGUUGGUGAUUUACGUGUCUUGGAAGCGUUACCCAAGCAGCGUCAAGCAACUCCAAGAGCAUUCGGCGGCCGCUCGUAAACGGCGUAAGAAAGCUAGAGAAACGGAACGCACCCUUAGCUCCCCGCUCCAGGAGUACUAUGUGGACUACAAGCCGACCAACUCCGAGGCCAUGGACGUGCUAGUCAAUGGGACCGGACCAUGUACCUACACCAUUUCGGGCUCACGGGAAUGCGAGGUCCCUCACCAGAUGGGUGCGCUGACCUUCUACCGCUACGAGCAGCCCAUCGUGGACUACUGCCAGGCCCACCAACCCCUCCGGCUCAACAUGGGUUAUGAAGGUCCUCCCCAAGGCCUGGAAGGACUGGAGGAGCUGGGACCGUGUGACAGGGGUACCAUACAGACAGUGGCCCUACCCGCCGUACCUCCGGUCUCCAGCAUAAACGCCCCAGUGCCUGGAGCCCGAUCGCCCCCUCCCCCCCUCAGACCCCCGAUGGAAGGACCCAGCGGCGGCCCAUAUCCUCCCCCCGAACGCACCGGCACGCUAAAGUUCGGACGCUAG